UUCUUUAUUCUUCUAUCUUAUUUUGUCCAUUCAAACUGAUUUUGAUAGGGUCAAUAUAUUCUUGUUGGAUUAUAGUAUAUAUAUAAUUGUACCUUUAAGGUCAUGCAGGCAGGCAACAUAUUUGCACCAUUUUAGACCUGAAGAAUCUUGGGUUUAAGUCAAGGUUCAAAGGGUCCUUAAAGAAUAUUUGAUUGUUUGCAUUGCAAAGAAUCUCUUUCAAGGACCAUCAUCUUACAGGGUGGGGCGUAAAAGCUGUAGGAUAUAGAAGAUGGUUGAGAAUUCGACUGCCCUUGAUGCCAUUAACAAGGAAGCCGUAGAUCUGGAAAAUAUACCCCUCGAAGAAGUUUUCGAGAAUCUCAGGUGUACAAGAGAAGGUUUGACCGCUAAUGAAGUUCGAGAGAGGUUGGAUUUGUUUGGGUACAAUAAACUUGAAGAGCAAAAGGAAAAUAAGCUACUGAAGUUUUUGGGAUUUAUGUGGAAUCCACUGUCAUGGGUCAUGGAAGCUGCAGCAAUCAUGGCCAUUGGUCUUGCACAUGGAGGGAACAAGAGUGCAGACUAUCAUGAUUUUGUUGGCAUCAUCACCUUGCUUAUAAUCAAUUCAACCAUCAGUUUUAUAGAGGAAAACAAUGCUGGCAAUGCAGCUGCUGCUCUUAUGGCUCGGUUGGCCCCGAAAGCUAAGGUUCUACGUGAUGGAAGAUGGAGUGAAGAAGAAGCUUCGGUGUUGGUUCCUGGGGAUAUUAUUAGCAUAAAACUUGGUGAUAUUAUUCCUGCCGAUGCACGCCUUUUGGAAGGAGAUCCUUUAAAGAUUGACCAGUCUGCUCUUACCGGAGAAUCACUUCCAGUAACCAAGAGUCCUGGUGACGGAGUGUAUUCAGGUUCAACAUGCAAGCAGGGUGAAAUUGAAGCAGUUGUCAUUGCAACUGGAGUUCAUACUUUCUUUGGCAAGGCAGCUCAUCUUGUUGAGAACACGACUCAUGUUGGACAUUUCCAAAAGGUUUUAACAGCAAUUGGAAACUUCUGCAUUUGCUCAAUUGCAGCUGGGAUGGUUAUUGAGAUCAUCGUGAUAUAUGGGAUUCAAGGGAGGGGAUACCGAGUUGGCAUUGAUAACCUACUUGUCCUGUUAAUUGGUGGGAUCCCAAUUGCAAUGCCCACUGUUCUGUCAGUUACAAUGGCUAUUGGUUCGCAUCGCCUGUCUCAGCAGGGUGCUAUAACAAAGAGAAUGACUGCCAUUGAAGAAAUGGCUGGAAUGGACGUCCUUUGCAGUGAUAAAACAGGCACAUUGACUCUUAACAAGCUUACAGUGGACAAAAAUAUGAUUGAGGUUUUUGCCAAAGGUGUUGACAAGGAUAUGGUUAUGCUUAUGGCUGCAAGAGCGUCUAGAUUAGAGAACCAAGAUGCUAUUGAUUGUGCAAUUGUCUCAAUGUUGGCAGACCCUAAGGAGGCACGAGCUGGGAUUCAAGAAGUUCACUUCCUUCCAUUUAAUCCAACUGACAAAAGGACUGCUCUUACAUACAUAGAUGCUGCUGGGAAAAUGCAGAGAGUCAGCAAAGGUGCACCAGAACAGAUUCUUCAUAUGGCACACAACAAAACAGAAAUCGAGCGAAGGGUACAUUCAAUAAUUGACAAAUUUGCAGAACGCGGACUGAGAUCCCUGGCAGUUGCUCGCCAGGGAGUGCCUGCUGGUACAAAGGACAGUCCAGGUGGACCCUGGGAAUUUGUUGGGCUUCUCCCACUCUUUGACCCUCCACGCCACGACAGUGCUGAAACAAUUAGACGAGCACUGGACCUUGGUGUCAGUGUUAAAAUGAUUACAGGUGACCAACUCGCAAUUGCCAAGGAAACAGGAAGGAGGCUUGGAAUGGGCACAAAUAUGUAUCCAUCUUCAUCCCUGCUCGGUGAAGGCAAAGAUGAUGCAGUUGGAGUACUUCCAAUUGAUGAGCUCAUUGAGAAAGCUGAUGGUUUUGCUGGUGUCUUUCCCGAACAUAAAUAUGAGAUUGUGAGGAGACUACAAGCAAGAAAGCAUAUAUGUGGAAUGACUGGUGAUGGAGUGAACGAUGCCCCUGCCUUAAAGAAAGCUGACAUUGGAAUUGCUGUAGCAGAUUCAACAGACGCUGCCCGUAGUGCUUCUGAUAUAGUUCUGACUGAACCUGGGCUGAGUGUAAUCAUUAGUGCUGUCUUAACAAGCCGUGCAAUCUUCCAGAGAAUGAAAAAUUAUACAAUAUAUGCUGUGUCUAUCACUAUUCGUAUAGUGCUAGGGUUUAUGUUGCUGACUGUCUUCUGGAAAUUUGACUUCCCUCCAUUCAUGGUUCUUGUCAUUGCCAUUCUUAAUGAUGGUACUAUCAUGACCAUAUCCAAGGACAGAGUCAAGCCUUCUCCCCUCCCUGACAGUUGGAAGCUCAGUGAAAUUUUUGCUACUGGUGUUGUUCUUGGUGGUUAUCUGGCUCUAAUGUCUGUCGUAUUCUUCUGGUUAGCUUAUGAAACCAACUUCUUCCCGGAACAUUUUAAUGUGAGGGACUUCAACCAGCACCAUUUUAACAUGACGGAUGGAAAAAUUGCCAAUCCACUUAAAGAACAACUGGCAUCUGCUGUGUAUCUUCAAGUCAGCACCAUUAGUCAGGCCUUGAUAUUCGUGACUCGCUCCCGGAGCUGGUCAUUCCUGGAACGUCCAGGCCUUCUGCUUGUUUCUGCCUUCAUUAUUGCCCAAAUGGUUGCAACAGUCAUCUCUGCUACUGCAACCUGGAAAUUUGCUGGAAUCAGAAGUAUUGGUUGGGGCUGGACAGCCGUCAUUUGGGUGUACAAUAUAUUGACUUACUUUCUGCUGGAUCCUAUCAAAUUCGCUGUCCGAUACGCUCUAAGUGGAAGAGCCUGGAAUAAUAUUAUAGACCAAAGGACUGCUUUUACCAACAAAAAGGACUUUGGGAAGGAAGCUCGUUCGGCAGCGUGGGCAGCUGAGCAGCGAACACUUCAUGGCCUUCAGUCCACUGAGACAAAAAUGUUUUCCGAGAGAAAUACCUUCAGAGACAUCAAUCUCAUGGCAGAAGAAGCGAAAAGGCGAGCAGAAAUUGCAAGGAUGAGAGAGCUUCAUACACUGAAAGGCAAGGUUGAGUCAUUUGCCAAGCUAAGGGGCUUGGAUCUUGAAUCCAUGAAUCAGCAUUACACUGUGUAAAAAUAUGUUGAUGGAGAUCGUAUCGCUCUGUAGUAGAUCUUUUCCCCCUUUCCCUUUAUCCACUCUUCUUUUGUUAUGGAUAUGGUGACUUAUACAAUAUGGUCUUGUAUGCUUAACAUG